AUGGCGCGCAACUCGGAAAAAGCGCAAUCAAUGCUCUUCCGCUUCCGCGCCGCGCAAGCCGCCGAAUCAGGCCUCUUCCUCCCCACCGCCGGCGCGCGGCGCCCCAAAGCACCCUCCACCAUCUCUCAGAUCCCCGUGUGCGAGAAAUGGCGCGGCCAGAUCCUCAAGGAGAUCUCGCGCAAAAUCACCAAGAUCCAGGAUGAGUCGUUGACCGACUUCCAGAUCCGCGACGUCAACGACGAGAUCAACAAGCUGAUGAAGGAGAAGUGGGGGUGGGAGAGGCGGAUCAGGGAGUUGGGCGGCCCGAAUUACAUGCGCGGCGGGGCGGUGGUGGAUAAUGAGGGGAGGGAGGAGAUGUUUGAACGGGCGGCGAAGAGGCAUGUUCACGGGGAGGAUUAUGAGGAGAAGCCGAGGGCGGGUGGGGAUCUGGCGAGGAGGAAUGUCGAUGCGGCUUACUUUGGCUAUGGCCUUGAUGAGGAGGAUGGCACGUUGUUGAGGUAUGAGAAAAAGAAGGAACGAGAGGCGAUGGAGAGGGUGGCGGCUAUCCCGGAUGAGAGCGAGGAUGACGGCUGGGAGCCUCUGCCAGGCGAUGCUGGGGACGGGGUGGCAUGGCGGCUCCCUACGAUGGAAGAGGUACAGGAGGAACUGGUCGAUAGGAGAAGGCGGAAGCUGUUGGACAAGAUCGGUUGA